AUGUAUCUGAACCCAGCUGGACAUGGGAUUCGGACUUCGAAGCAGGCAGCGACGAGUGUUCUGAGUAUUAUGAAUUGGGGUGUAGGAAUGGUGCCUUUUAGGGGGAUUCGAGCUGCUGUUGUGGUCGCCGUUGCAGUAGUUCUGAUGGCUUCCUCCGAUCCGCGGUCCUUGUGCGUAGCCGAUGAGGUUAUUAUUGUGAACGACAUGAACAUAGUUCUGGAGCUGCAGUGCAGGUCAGGAGACGAGGUGGACCUGGGGUACCGGACCAUCGAACCUGGCUUGAGUUGGACGUUCAGCUUCUCCCCGAACUGGUGGAGCACCACCGUCUAUGCCUGUGAUUUCCACGCCGUAGGGUUUCCUCUCAAGCAUACGAACGUCUACGAAGGCAUCAAUGUCCACGACAACUUCUGUCUGUGCGGGAAUUGCCUCUGGAGGGUCUCUCGCGUUGGGUUCGACUGUGAGCGUGGACAGUACACCACGAAAUGGAAGUAGACUCCAUCGAACCCACCAUUACUCUGUGAUCUCACUGAACUAAAACAAAACUAUUAUCUAUCUCUCUCUCUAUAUAUAUACACAUUUGUAAUUUUUUAUUUAGGUAGGUGGUCAGCACAGAGCUGGACUGGCAGUUCAAUGAUGAGCAGUUAUAAAUGAACCAAGCUGUGACUAACAUCGCACCAAGCAUCAAAGGCUAGUAGCAAUCUGAACAUUUCAUAUGGAAUGAGACAGUUAACGCAGUGAUGUCCAGAACCAAACCAGCUGUAUGCUGACCAUGGAUGUAUGUUCUGGGAUCCGAUUUGGAUUAAUUAAAGAAAGGAUUGGAUUGCUUGUGAUGCUGUGUGCAAGUGAACCACCCUGGAGGCUCUUCUGGAGGCAACGCUGUUUACUUCCGGUGCAUGAAGGAGUUCUUAACUGAUUAAUCGUCCCAGCAAGGAAAGAAUAUAUACACAAAGGAAGCCACUUUGAGAGUCACGAAAUAGUGAUUGAAAUACACGGCUGAUCACCGAAGUGGUCUAAGCAAAAUAGAGGUAGCUAACGAAGAAUUCUUGUCUAGUCAAUUAAUUCUAAAGUAAAUCCUAAAUCAGUUCUAACCACAAGACAACAAGUAUAGUCGGAACCAAUAACUGAUUAAGUCGAGUUGAUUCUAAUUUUAUCAGUAUGUUCCAACAUCCCUUCUUCGCCAUUACUAGUUGGGGGAAAGAUUGUGGU